AUGGGAAGAGAGCAACGGCAGGUUAAAAGUCAACAAGAAGUGGAGAAGUUCACCGACAUUGAAAAGCUCUACCUCUACCUCAGGUUACCGGCCGGGCCCAGCAGCAGCGGCAGCAGCAGCAGCAGCAGCACUGACAAAAGCGACCAGACCGCCGUGACCUCCAGCCGCACACAGCAGAUGCAUGCAUUCAACUGGAUCCACAAUCACUUAGAGGAACAUCCGGAGACGUCCCUUCCCAAGCAGGAGGUCUACGAUGAAUACAAGAGCUACUGUGACAAUCUGAGUUACCACCCGCUGAGCGCCGCCGACUUCGGGAAGAUGAUGAAGAACGUCUUCCCCAACAUGAAGGCACGCCGGCUGGGCAUGAGAGGCAAAUCUAAAUACUGCUACAGCGGACUACGGAAGAGGGCUUUUGUUCACAUGCCGUCGUUGCCCAACCUGGAAUUACACAAAACGGGAGACGGACAUCAGUUUGAGGCGUCGGACUCGCCGGGCCAGCUGUCCGGCGUGAAGGAGGAGGUGCUGCUGGCGGCGUGCGGUCUGGUGUGUGAGUGGGCUCAGAAGGUGCUGAGUCGCCAGUUUGACACCGUGGAGGAACUCGCCCGCUUCCUGCUCAACAGCCACUACAUCAGCAACAAGUCCGGGGCAGCCCUCGCCAUCAUGAACAACACGGCGACAGAGAUGAAGUCUCCACAGCCGGUCUCGGCGUUUGUUCCCACGGCGGAGGCCAAUUCCUUCCAGCCUCAGGCGACCACGCUCCCGUCUCCCUCCGUCGACGCCAAGCAGCAGCUCCAGCGGAAAAUCCAGAGGAAGCAACAAGAGCAGAAGCUACAAUCCCCUCAACCUGGGGGAGACGGCCAGGCCAUGAGGGUCGACGAGGGCCCGGCGCCUGUAGGCGGUAUUCUUCCCUGCAGCAGUCCUACUCUUCACUCCCCCCAGCCGACUAUUGGCAUUGUGGUGGCUGCUGUGCCCAGCCCCAUCACGGUACAGAGGAGCAGCCAGCUGAUGUCUCCAAGCCCAGUAGGAUUUGGGGAAAGUAAAGUGCUGCCCAUAAACCUGCAGGUGGUGACGCAUCCAGUUCAACCUGUGAAACAAAACCAAAAGGCCACCCAAAAUAUUCUAGCCAGUCCAAUAAGUGACCGCUCAGCACGGCAGCGUUAUGCUCAAAUCUUACCCAAACCCUCGACUGCUGGCACCAUUGCUUUGCGCUCGCCUUCCUCCAUGCUGAUCGGUAACAGCCCUGUCAAGACUGUGAUGCCAGCUUGUCACGUCAGCUCAGUCAAUUUGGUCAAGAUGACGUCCAUAUCUCUUGCACCCAACAAUAGCACUUACACCUCAACCCUCACAAACAGUGCUUUACGGCCAGUCUCCGCCGGGGCCGGCAGCUCUGGAGGUGCAGAAGAGGUCAGGUCCAGCCCAAAGAUGAGGUGUGGGUCUGCUGCCCCUAUAGCCAAGCCAUGGCCGACUGCUAACACCCAUAACAUUGAUGUUGAAAUGGAAGUUGAAGCUAUACAUGAAAGCAGACAACAUUUAAGUUCUAGUAGAGUGACACUGAAUCAGGGAGGAGCAGUGGUAAACAAAGUUGGUGGGGCUGUACCAAGGGCUGCCAGUGUGCCUAUACCUCAAACUAAAGGCGCCCUGGGACUGGAGGAAUCAUCUUACACUAAAUGCAUUACAAAUCCAUCAGCAAGUACUUUCGCUUUGGCAGCUACAGACAGCAGCAGCAUUAAUGGCACCAGUAAUGAAAGCACUUUGCAUUUGUCUGUCUCCACUGAGCAAACCAGCCUCAUCUCAGGUCUAAAUACCAGCCCUGCACCGUCGUUUGUGGGAAAUGGUGAUGGGGCAUCCUCCAAAGAUACUUUCUUGUCCUCCAAAAGCCCAAGAAAACGCUCAAGCUUCAGUCCAGAGUCUCAUCUCUCUCCAGUCAAGAGGGUCUUAGUCUCUCAGCAGGCGGUAGGGGGCUCUGAUUACCAUCAACGUGAGACCAGCACCACCGCGAGGAACCACCCUAUGCAAGGAACUCCGGUUAGACCUGAAAGUGCACCAGCCAUCGGCAAAGUUACCAUGAAAAUGAACUUAGCCAUGACCCCGCAAGUCCUCGGUCUUGCUAAACCCCCCUUUAGAGGCAGUGGCUUCCAAACUGUCGCCAAAACACAGAGCGAGCUACAGAGGAAAAACACUCCCACUGUUAUGGAAACCAGCACUGCAGUAGCUCAGACGCCAAUCCAGCAAAACCAGCAGCACACCAUAGGCAAUAUGCAAACCAUAUCCACCAGCCCUGAAAUCCACAAGCACUGUGCCAUCAGUCACCUUAAGAGUUCUGUCGCCAUCACAGGAGAACCAGGAGGAGCCCAACAACAGAAUUACACUCAGUCAGCGGAGCAAGUGGCUCAGAAGAGAUCAUCAUCCACCCCGCUCUUCCAACCUCUUCCCUUGGCGGGUCAGGCUCCAGCUUCCAUUCAGCUCUCCUUGCCGACAGAUAUGAACUUCUUCCCCUUAGAUGAUGAUGAGGAGGAGGAUGAUGAUGUAACCCAGGACAGCAUUGUCGAGGAGCUGGUGCAGAUGGAGGAACAGAUGAAGCUCAACAACCUGCAGAAGUUUGGAGGUUGCGUCACCCUUCACGGCCCGCAGGCUGCCAUGCAGCGCAGCCUCGUGUCAUCCCGCAACAACAUGACUCCUUUCUACCCCUCCACAAACAGUAGCACCCCGGUUCAAACGCCAACCCCCACUCCGACACCUACUCCAACACCGACCUCUGACGUGAUCGGAGGGGUCCGAGGCCUGACCAGAGAGAGCCCCUGUUCUCACGUCACCCCCACCACCCCAGUGGAUGCCAUACUGGGGAACAAUCGCCAAACCCCCAUUGGUACCCCACACUCGGGCUGCAGUAGCACCAUCCCUCCCAGUCCAGUUGAGUGCAGGAACCCCUUUGCAUUCACACCCAUUAACUCCAGCACGAUGGGAUACUGCGACGGCAGCUCUAUCUCAAGCAGCCCCGUCAAGCCCAUGCAGAGGCCAAUGGCCACUCACCCAGAUAAGGCCAAGCUGGAGUGGAUGAAUGACAACUAUAACAGUGGAAUGGGAAUCCUCCCCAGCUAUCAGGAUCUGAUUGAUGACCACUUCCAAAAGCCCCAUGCCUUUGCCAUCCCUGGGAAGUCCUUCCAUCCUCAGGUGCGGCACCACGAUACCUAUUUCGGCCGUCUGACCCCCAUUUCCCCUGUGCAGCAGCAAGUAGCUAGCAUGGCUAACAUGUCCAAGCAGGAGGGCUUUGCUGUACCCGCUCCUCUGGACACCAAAGCCCCCAACAUGCCCGCAACAGCUGUCACUUUCAGGUGUCGUAGCGUAAGCCCGGCUGUGCCACAGCGAAACCUGAGUGUGAACACCGGAAACGUGGCCCCUCCACAUCUCAGCCACACGGCGACGUCACCCUUCAACUCACCUGUGACUCCUGAGCUUUUAAACAUUUUCGCCAAGAGCCAGGCAAACCUCAGUGUGAACAGCAUGGCGCAGAGGAGCCGCUCUGUGCCACUCAACGUCAUGAUGCAAACCGAGGUUCCGCCCGUACAGGGUCAACACUGCAACGGCCAAAAAAUCACGGCUGUCCUACUGAGCAAAAUGGAUGAAGAGCACAAUGAUGCCUUGCAGGGCCUGAGUGUCAAUAACUUGCCCUCCAGUUACACAGCAUGCAUGAACCUCAGCCAGAACCUGGAGUCUGCCCCUGGCUUCCCCUGCAGCCCCAAUCACACCUUGGUGGAUUCGGCUGACACCAGCAGGGUGUUUGAGUUCCAGAAGCCAAAUUACAUUGUGAAAAAUGUUGUUGGUGAUCAACAUGUUCUUUCUGCACGUGACGGCCAAGUACAAUCAGCUGCACCAAACCAGCUUCUACGGCAGGACCAGGCCUUGCCGCUGACCCAGAAACCUCAACAGCAGAAGCGGGAGCAGCAGCAGCUGGAUUUCAGCACGACUGUUAAAGAACUCCUCGCCAGCGGCAGCCUUACGCCUGAUGGCCGGCUUUCGGAGCAAGUCUCAGAGGUGAACGCCAGGGUUUUGGAGUUUCCCGGUGAAAUCAGAAUGACCUCUGAGCUCUCCAGUAGCAUUAAUGACCUCAAUACUUUGGAUGCAAACCUUCUGUUUGACCCCAAUCAGCAACAGGAGCAAUAUCAAGAUGCUACGCCGGAGGAACUGAUGAACGAUCCGUUAUUUCAACAGAUCUGUAACGAGACUGCGAACUCGAGUGGAUUUGAUUGGCUUGAAAGCAAAGAUCAUCCCACUGUUGGACUAAUGGGAUGA